AUGGCGGCAUUUGGCGCUGUCGCUUCUCUCAAGAAUACGAUUAAACAUAUUCUACAAUUGUCUCGCAUCUCGCUGGUUCCUCCCUCUCCACAAAUCUUACAAUCCGCCUACGAUGCUAUGUGUAGCUUGCAGGAAGUUCUACUAAAAUUGGAGCACACCGGCUUCAGCAAGAUGAGGACGAAGGUGAAUGAUUUGGAUGGACGAAUCAAAGAGGUCGUAUGGGAAUUCGAAGAUUUACUAGAUUCUCAUGUUUAUGAUCAGAUUCCUCCACAGCUCGAAAGCUCAUCAAUAAGUGAGAGAGAUCAGUUGCCUUUCUCAGUAGAUCUGCAGAUUCUGCAACAGAAUCUUGAUUGCUUUCUCGAGAUGGUGGCAGUGAUGGAGGUGGAGUAUUUAAUUGAACUACUGAAUAUGCCCGAAGAAGAAGGUGAACCUCUUUGCUCGAGAAUUGAUUUUGGUGGAAUCAACUCAUACAUGGUUGGAUUAUCUCGUGAAUUUGAACGAGUCAGGCGUAUCCUUCUCGUUGAUGAUGAAGCUGAAGGGAAUUGCUGCGAUCUUGUUGGAAUGGCAGGGGUUGGCAAGACAACUCUGGCGAAGAAAGUAUUUGACGAUCCAUUGAUUCAGAGCCAUUUCCAGCUUCGAGCAUGGGUCAAAGUGGGAAGAAAAUGUGAGUCCAAUGAACUAUUACGAUGCAUUCUAGCUCAAGUGGCUCCCAGCACCCGCUACCAGAUGAUUACCCAAGAAGGCGGUGACGAUGAUGAGAUGUUAGUUGGACUCUUGCAAGAGAGAUUGAAGGAUAAGAAAUGUCUCAUUGUAUUAGAUGAUGUGUGGGACAGGCAAGUAAUGGAUAACUUGCCACAAGAGAAUGUUCGGUUCUUGCUCACAAGCAGGUUCAGAACUGAAGAAUCUUCCACUCGAGUAGUAUUACGUUUGUUGGAUAAAGAAGAAAGUAAACAAUUACUUGGUGCCACGUUGUUUGGUGAAAAUAGUUUCCCUCCACACCUUGAGAAAUUGGGAGAGGAGAUCGCCUACAAAUGUGAAGGUCUCCCGCUUAUGAUAGUCACUGUUGCAAAGUUUCUAUCGGAAGAAGACAAGACUCCACAAUUCUGGGCCGAGGUAGCCAAAAUACAACAUAACUCAGUAUUUUUGAAGGCAUAUGAUGAAAUAUCUGUGGUACUUUUUCCAAGCUAUGACUACUUACCUCAAUAUUUAAAAAUGUUUUUUCUCUAUUUGGGAUCUUUCCGUCCAUAUGUUAAUGUGGAUCAAUAUAGCUUCUUCAAUCUGCUGAGUGCUGAGGGGUUUGUUGAGCAUUAUGGAGUACAAAAUUUUAACAAAUUUAUGAUCAUAUGCUCGAUAGUGCUUAUUGACCGGCAUCUUAUUCUAUACGAACUCGAUGGAGAAUCACAGUUUUCAAAGAAAGACUUUCGCGUGCAUUCUUGUUGGCAGCACUUGUGUAGGAAGGAAGCUAGUAAGAUCAAGUUUUUGCAUGUUUUACAAAGUUGGGAUGAUGAUCUGAAAGAUCAACGUCGGUUGGGUGUCCAUUGCAACACUUUAUUUGCCUUCAAAGAAGUGUAUGAUUCAAUAAAAAGUGAUUGUGCUUCCAUGGCCCGUUCUCUCCUUUGCUUUGGUCCUUACCACCCAUAUCCAGUUCCAAUACAUGUCAUGGAUUUCAAGUUGUUAAAGGUACUGGAUGCUCUUCAAGUCCGGUUUUACAAUAUCCCACUUGAAAUUCUGAAGUUAGUUUAUCUAAAGUACCUUGCCCUAACAUGCAACGCUGAGCUUCCUAUUUCCAUAUCCAACCUUUUUCAACUUCAAUUCUUGAUUAUUGUACAACAUAUGGUCAUUAAAAGGCGUGGAGAAUGGUCAUAUAUGCCAGUGGCAAUAUGGGACAUGCAAGAACUACAACGUAUCCAGGUCAUGGGAAGAGACCUACCAACCCCUAACAGAGAUUCUAAAUUGGAAAAACUCUCUAGUCUUCUUGGUGUGAGUGCAAAGAGUUGCACUAGUGAAAUUCUCAAAAGAACUCCUAAUUUGAAGGAAUUACAAAUUCAGAUGGAGUUGAAGCCUUAUGAUGAAGAUGAUGAUAGCAACACAUUGAGUGGCUUGUAUUAUAUCGCAGAAGAACUCCACAAUUUGGAUAGUCUUACAUGUAUUGUAGUAAACCCUGAUAUGAAGUAUGAGUAUGUAGCUCAUCUUUCAAUGUUCCCGUCAAGUAUAAAAAUAUUGAAUUUGAGUGGCUUAGGGUGUUCAUUGCAGCACAUGAAUGAUAUUGGUUCCCUCCUACCAAAUCUUUUGAUCCUCUCAACAAAAUGCUAUGCCUUUCGAGGUCCAGAGUGGGAGAUAGAAUCAAGCCUCUUAAUCGAGAGAUUAGAGUCUCUAUAUGCUACAAAAUCCACCACCAACCGACUCCAUUUCAAGAACAAGCUACUGGCCUUCAAGAUUACAGAAUCGAAGGAAGUCCUGGAGCAGCUUGAAGAGUUUCAUAGGCUUCUUGAUGAUCUAGAAGAAAUCGAGGAGACAAUGAAGGAUGAGGACAAGACAUUAAUGUUGUUGCAUGCCCUGCCAAGAAGCUAUGUCCCGGACUAUACUCUUCGGGGAAACCAAAGUCCUAUGAAGAGGUGUACCAGGCAUUGGAACUCAAAGAAGUGGAGGAUGUGGAUUCUCUAA